AUGGCUACUGUUUGUCCUCGACGAAGCUGCUGCUACCUGCAAGCCUUCGGUCGUCGUCGGACAUGUUUUCUUGCGAUUCUCCUGUUGUUUACUAAAGUACUGAAGGAUGUCGCCAGUGCAAAGCCAGAAAAUGUGCACUUCGAAGAGGAACAGAUCUUUUCGGAUCCGGACAACCAGAGGGCAACACUUCGUCGUGUUACUUCCACGGAGCAUGGUAGUCUUAGACAGUCCGCGGAAGCACUCGAUCGAGUGCCCGGAGUGCCCACCUCAGUGUCAGACAGGCGUGUUCUAGACGCUAUUCGCGGUAGUUUCGUUAAUGACAGUCUUUCCAUCGACGAACGCAGUCACUCUGCAGAGACAUCAUCGUCAGAGCAAUCUCUACGGGGGCUUCAAGCGACUCGAGGGUACGCGAAUUUGCCUUGGUCUUCUUAUAUACCCCAAGCCGUAACUAAUUUUGGAUGGCGACAGUUCGUGCCAGUUGUAGGAAGCGCUACCGUUGCAAGCCCAGCACCCCCGUUUCCCACCUGGGAGCAAUUCUUGCUGUCAAUGUUAGGUCGAGAAAGUGUACCAGACCAACGAGCUGCAAGCCAGAGUGUUGGUUCCAACUUGCAACGGUUAAUGCUAAGAGACGCCGGAACGACGUCCUCACAGAACACAGCCAAAUUGGAUGAGACUCCUAGUUUCAACUGGCAGCAAUAUGUUCCCCUUGAAGUACUAUCGGUACCCAACCAGGACAAACCUCAGUAUCAGUCAGCCGAAGAAGCGAAACCAACUCGGGAGACAAAGGCCGAAAAAAAGGAAAGCCACGAACAACCUGUUGGAACCCGAAGGCUUCAGCUGAGUCUCCCUCUGAUCGCCCCAAUCCCAUUAUACGGAUCGUAUCCCUGGGCUCUAGGCACUCGACAACAAACGUUCCAGCAGAUGGACAACCAAACAUGGCAGUCACAGCAACAACUCUUUACAAAUCCACUGCAACAGCCUCUGCUACCUUUUCAAAUGCCACAGGCACCUCUCAUUACUAUGCCUCAAGAGGCUCAGCGGCAGUUUAACACGAUGCAGGAGCGCUUGAAGCAGAUGCAGAAGCAAGUGACGACGGAGCUGCAGGAACAGCUUGAACCACAACUCCAACGUGAGCAUGUGUGGCAAACUCCCGGCGGUGGUGUUGCUUAUGGACGCUUCGGUACAGCAUCAGCCUCUAGUGUCUGGAACUCUUCCCAGUCUGGACAGGAUGCACCAGUGGUACAGCAGCAGCCUCAGCAGCUUUCACAAGUUGGAAAUCAACAACAGCACCAGUCGGAAAGCCCAAACGAAGGCAACAUUUCAGCGUCACAACUUCAGUAUCCGCCAGGAGGUCCCCCCGACGAUCUCCUUUCUUCUUUGAUGCAUGACCUGGACAAUGAGAAGGAAGACACGAAGGGUGGAGCCCAUGAUUCAAAAGAGGGGCUCCCUGAACUUUUGCAGCCCCAGCUAUUAGUGGAAGACAAGUACGGAGAAGCGCUUGGCUCAAUCCAGCAGACGGAUGCCUCCCCAAAGGAAACAGCGGGUCGACAGGGUCUCGGACAAAGACUAAGACGGCUUGGUCCGAACCUCGCCGGGGUCACCGGAAGGGAAGACUCACGCGUUGAGGAUCGGGACGGGGAAACUAAUAGCGACGUAGAAAGGGACCUCCAGGCCGGACCCUCUUGGCAACAAUUCAUCCCUUCCUGGACACAAUUCGUUCCUCCGCAAAUUUUUGGGCGGCACAGUGCAGGACCAGUACACGAAGCUCAGCAGCAGCGCUCUGAUGGUAUGAAUUUGCACACACGGCGAGAAACGGCGUACGAAGAACUGGUGCUGCGGCAACAGCAGUUGGAACAACAACUGGAAGAAAUUCAAGCGAGUCGAUACGAACCUGACUGGCGGCAACCACUGAACAGCCGACAGAGGCAGUCUGAAGUAGGGAUUCAGGUAGACCGGUCUACAGCCCCCAAAACGGCAGAUAUGGGCCCCUCGCGGGACACAGCUAAGCUACAGGCGUUGCACAAAGCACAAACUGCUGAACUGAAGGCGAGACAAGAAGCGCGAAUGGAUGAACUCGCCAAGAAGUGGAAACAAGAAACGGAUGAGCUGGAACAGCGUCACCGUGAACAGGUACAACGGCUGCAAGAGUGGCAACAAGAACGCGCUCGCGCGCAAGCGGAGCAGCUAAGCGAAAGACAGGACGAAGAGUGGAAAACUCUGAAAACGAAGCAAUCCACAGAUCUGAAGGCUACUCUUAGGCGGCAAGAUGCCUUUGCCACCCGUGUUCAGCGGGACCAGACUCUCCAGCUUCAGCAGCUCCUAGCUCUACAACAAAAACAGCUGGAUCAGGCAGAACGACUGCACCAACUGCAGGCGAGCCUGAGACAACAAGAACGAGACGUAGCGCAACAAUUGAAAAUAGCACAGCAGGGGAACUACGAGAAGAUUCCGCCGCUACACACUGACACUGCGGAAAUGCGGUCAAAAGAAGAACCAGAGACAGAAAAGAGAGAAGACUCGGGCACGUCGUCAGACGAAGAGCUUCCCGUUCCUCAAUCAAGGCCGAAAGAGGAACUGAUGUCGGGUGAAGAACAAGACCAAGCAGAGCAAGCAAAUGGAGAAACGGGAAACAAGGCAACGCUGAAGGUAGAGGGAGAAUCGAGUGGCACCGACGAGGAGGCGACCCCGCAGGAGGGACCGUCAGAAUCAGCAGAACCUCAACGGGAAAGCAAAAAUGGGAUGAAUACGCAACUAGCAGCAGCAGAGCCAUACGACAACGGGGAGGCUGACGGCCAGCAGCAGGAUGCUUCUUUCCAGUUGUUGGAAAACAGUGAAGAGGGCACAGGACAGAGUGAGUCAGGGGAUACGGCUAACUCCGCCAAAGAAGGUCCGUCUGACGGAACAGAACCAGUAAGUGACAAGGAGUUUUACGCGGCGUCUGGCGACGCCGAUCACCAGGAAGACUAUGAGCUACAAAAGCUACUGUCCUCUAGCGAGGAAACAGGGACACGCCGUGCUGACGACGAAGGUGUCCCACCGCACGAAGAAGCGGAGAAACCGGAUGAAGAUUCCUCUGUGCAAAAUUAUGCACUAGGUGUGGAAGAAAAGGAUGAGGGCGCGCUUCAGAGCGUCACGAAGCCUCAAGAAAGCCUUACUGAAGACGACAACAACUUACAAUUUGAUCAGGAAGCGACAGAACCAUCAUAACAGCUGCCGGGCAUGUCAACUAACAACACAGCAGAUGUCUGAUUCUAGCGGAUCCGAGCCGAAACAAACGCAAACCGCUUUCUGGAGUGCAAUUGUUUUUGUCUUAAUGCCGUCUGUCGUGGCGAAAAAUGUAUCCUUGCACAGUUUUGUCGCUGCAAAGAGAACGUGGAAAAAGCAUGGUUCCGCGGUCUGCAAUAGUGGUUUUCUCCAUGAUGCUCACCAGACUUUGCUACUAAACGAGUUAUAAUUCUUCGACG